GACAACAAACGAGCCAUAAGUCUAAGUUGGAGAAAAAGGGUAGUUGGGUAACUUGAAACCUGCCUGAGUCCACCUGCCGGAUGCACCGCCGCCUUGCCACCGCGGCCACAGCGCCCGCGCUCCGGCGGUUCUCGCACCACAGCGCGCGUCCCCAGCCUGACCCAAGGUGUUAGAAGAGCUAAGAAGCGACCUUGCUCUUGCUGGAGACGCUCCGGCGGGUGUGGCUAUAGCGCAUCCGUGGCCGGAGUGGAUUUCUCUGAUGGAGCACCUCCUCCGUCAAGGCCACGUUGACCCCUCCACCUUCGCCGCCGCCUCGCUGUCUUCUAAGGACGCCAACGCUGUCCGCACCGCCUGCCUCCGAUUCGGGCGCCAGCGGCCGGAGCUCAUCAGGCAUGUAUCAAGAUGGGAUAUUCAGGUUGCCAUGCGAUGUGGUUGUCCCAGCAUUGACAGAAAGGUUGUAAACUCUGGGAAGCGAUUGCGGGCUUAUGUAGGACUUGAUGAAGGAGAGGUUUGCAGCCAAUGCAAUUUAAGAGGAAGUUGUGAUAGGGCAUAUGUGAAGGCUCGGAAAGAGGACGUUGGAAGAACUGUGGAUGUUAUGCGCAUCCUUUUGACUUACGGUCUUGAUGUUAUUACCGGCAAUGUAGAUAAUAGAGCAUGCCUGAACAAAUCUGUCAAGGAAUCAAUAAAGAUCCUACUAAGCGAGGUUGUUGAGGUGGAUUCUAGGGGACCUGGUUCCAGCACUGUGAAAGCUGCACAGCGCAAAGGUCAAUCUGCUGUACCCAUGAAGCAGGGUGAUUGGAAUUGUCCCAAAUGUGACUUUCUGAACUUUGCAAAGAAUAUCAAAUGUUUGCGCUGCGAUGGAGAAUUCCAAGAGAGGUAUCAGUUGUUGCAUGAAGACCGAGAGCAUCUGCCUCUCAAAAAGGGUGACUGGAUAUGCAAAAGGUGCAACUUUUUGAAUUUUGCUAAGAAUACAAGAUGCUUGCAAUGUCAUGAGAAACCAACAAACCGUUUACUCAACCCAGGAGAAUGGGAGUGUGUCUCGUGUAACUAUGUGAACUUCAAGAGGAAUGGGUUCUGCUUGAAAUGUGGCUGGAAAAGACCAAAGUCUCUAAACAAUCAAGAUAGUGUCAAAUUGUGUCAUGAUUUAGAGCAUAGUAAGAAUCCACGUAUUUCAUUUGUUCAAGAUGGUGUCCAGAUGAAGGGGUGGCAAAGUCUGCAAAAGAAGGGUUCACCAUCCGACACAGAUUUGGAUUUCUGGAGUGCAGACGACGAAGAGGGUGGUAGCAGGGAUAAUGAUACGCUGCUGCGACAGAAGGACUACAGAUUUCUUGAGAGUUUUCCCAUUGUCGGUGGCAGGACUGCUAAUUCCCAAGAUCUUCUUGCAAGGGAGAAGUGGAAGGAUGAAAUGUCCAGGAGAAAUAAAGGCCUUCAAACUACGGAAUCGCAAGAAAGCAAUCGGCCUUCUAGCCACUGCCGUCUUCCAAGAAGCAUGGAGCUGGUUGACUCUGAUGAUGAUAUUGCUUCUUGGUUUUCGGGUGGGGAUAAUAAUAAUAGGAACCUGGAUAAGGUAUAACCAGAUCUUGUAAGUGGAUGCAGCUCAUCAAUAAAAGUUGCAUCCUUUGGAAUUAUUGAAAUUCAGGCAAAAAGAAUUAUUAAAGCUCACUGGAGAACUGUACAAUUUAAUGUUUCGGAACUUUGUUUAUGGGCUGCUCAGAGAUGAUAUGAUUUUUUGCAA